GCGGCUCGGUGCCCACCGCUGGCCGCGGGCCGCCCGGGGCGCACCGACGCCUCUGUGGGCUCAGCGGGCCUUGCGGCCCGGGGCCAGCGCUUCCGGUUCUCGGGGGAGGGGUCCGAGCUGGAGGUCCGCGUGCCGCAGGUUCUGCACCUGCAGUAUGGAAUGUACGUUUGGCCCUGUGCUGUGGUCCUGGCCCAGUACCUAUGGUUUCACAGAAGAUCCCUGCCGGGCAAGGCGGUCUUAGAGAUUGGAGCCGGUGUGAGCCUUCCAGGAAUUGUGGCUGCAAAAUGUGGUGCCAAAGUCACGUUGUCAGACAGCGCGGAGCUACCGCACUGUCUGGAAAUCUGUCGGCAGAGCUGCCAGAUGAACCACCUGCCGCAGGUGCCCGUCGUGGGCCUGACGUGGGGCCACGUCUCUCAGGAUCUCCUGGGCCUACCACCGCAGGACAUCAUUCUGGCGUCUGAUGUCUUCUUUGAACCAGAAGACUUUGAAGACAUCUUGACUACAGUGUACUUCUUGAUGCAGAAGAACCCCAAAGUUCAGCUGUGGUCUACUUACCAGGUUAGAAGCGCUGACUGGUCCCUGGAAGCUCUGCUCUACAAGUGGGAGAUGAGAUGCGUCCAUGUCCCCCUGGGGUCUUUCCAGGCUGACAAGGAGCACAUCGCAGACUCUGCCCUCCCAGGAAGACACACAAUUGAGAUGCUGGUCAUCUCCCGUGCAGAGGACGGCCUGAGUUAGACCCACACAGCUGCUCAGGGGCAGUGCCAACCCUGACCAGCCCCCCAGCAGGCCAAGUGCAGUGGGCUCAAAACGGUCAAGUCUGCUGGCCUCAAGUUGGGAUGCGGCACAAGGGAAAAAUAAACAGCUUCUAAGACAGAGGACUGGGCUGUGCUUGGCAAGACGGGGCCUACAGUGGGUGGAGAGGCGGGUACUCGGCACUGUCGUACGGCAGUGGUUUCAAGCACUCGACAGGCAUUUUGCUUCCCAUCUCUGCAGUGACAGUCAACUGCACAGAUCUCAGACAGACAGGGGAAAGAAAGACCAAGACACAUUCUGAGAAAAGCUAACACCAAGAAAACAUUUUAAUUGAACUACAGAAACAAUGGUUAUAGUACAGAAUAUUCAUAAGCAAAAAGAUACACCAUGUUAUAGUACUUACAAAGUUACAAACCAUGUUUCCUUAACAUUUUCCAUAUUUUAAGUUCAUACAAGACAAUCCGGUUUACCAUUUUUUGGGGGGGAGAGGGAGAAAAAAGGUGUAUUUAUCAUCAGCUAGAUGUGCUCACUGUAUGCUCCGUAAUUUAUAUGCAAGGCCCGGGUGACUGGAAGUGCAGUUGUCAGGCAUUUAAUAAACUGGACAGCCAUUUGUUUCUGCACGACAAGGCAUCUUUACACAGGAGCAAUCGGGAGAAAACAGGAAACAGCCAAGCACUCUGCACUGCAACACGCCA